GACGGUCAGGGGUUGAAGAGAGGCACUAGAGUAGGAGAAGGAGCUACAAGAGAAGUUGCAGCUUACUUAUUAGAUCAUCCGAGAUCUUCGUCUAAAGAAGCUAUGGGGUUUGCCGGUGUGCCACCAACCGCUAUGGUGAGAAGCUUUCACAAAGUGUACAACUUUGGUGGGGGUUCUGAUACACAAGAGGCCAAAGUUGGCUCUUUGCAAAUGUUCAUGAAGAACAAUGGAAGCUGUGAAGACAUUGGUCCCGGAGCUUUCCCUGUGGAAGAAGUUCAUAAGAUUAGCGUCUUUGACAUCAGAAUGGCGAACGCAGAUCGUCACGCCGGAAACAUAUUGACAGGGAAAGGCGAAGACGGCAAAACCGUGUUAAUCCCCAUCGAUCAUGGCUAUUGCUUGCCGGAAAACUUUGAAGAUUGUACAUUUGAGUGGCUUUACUGGCCGCAAGCAAAAGUUCCGUUUUCAUCAGAGACUCUCAGCUACAUAAACUCGCUAGACUCUGAGCAAGACAUUGCGCUUCUGAAGCUCAACGGUUGGGACGUUCCCGAAGCUGUCUCACGGACGCUACGAAUCUCAACGAUGCUUCUGAAGAAAGGCGUUGAGAGGAACAUGACGCCGUAUCAAAUCGGGAGCAUAAUGUGCAGAGAGACAGUGAACAGAGUCUCUGCGAUUGAAGAGAUACUGAGAGAAGCUCACAACUCUGUGUUGCCUGAGUCAAGCGAGGCUACGUUUCUUGAAGCUGUCUCUGUUGCCAUGGAUCGUCGUCUGGACCAGCUCUAA